AUGUCCAACAACGAGAGAACCUACAUCAUGGUCAAGCCCGACGGUGUCCAGAGAGGACUUGUCGGCGCCAUCAUCGCCAGGUUUGAGCAGAAGGGAUACUACCUCAGAGCUCUCAAGCUCAUCACCCCAACCAGGGAACUGCUUGAGGAGCACUACAAGGACCUCAACGACAGACCUUUCUUCCAGGCUCUUAUCACCUACAUGCUUUCCGGCCCCGUCGUCGGUAUGGUCUGGGAGGGAAAAGGCGUGGUUGCCACUGGCAGACUCCUCCUCGGCGCCACCAACCCCCUCCAAUCCAACCCCGGAACCAUCAGAGGUGAUUUCUGCAUCAUCACCGGCAGGAACAUCUGCCACGGAUCCGACUCCGUCGUCAACGCCGAGAAGGAAAUCAGCCUCUGGUUCGGAAAGGAACUGGCCGAGUGGACCCACCACUCCCACAACUGGAUCUACGAAUGA